AUGUCGGAGGCUUACUUUUCGGAACAUCUUCACGUCGGAGAGGAUCAAUUUUCAUGUGUUGUGGGCAAUGGUGAUUUUGGGAGUUUGCAACCAUCAUCACCAACCUCAUCAUCAACCAAUAGCAAGGCUAUUUUAGAAUUUGAAAAGAAGAAGAUUCAUGUUCGUGGUAUGAUGAUGGGAGAAGAUGAAAAGAAGUUAAAUUCGUUUGUGGUUCAUGAGUUUUAUCAUAUUGAAAUUCCGGACUCGUGUCGUGGAAAAGGAGUGGCUAUGCCUUUUGCAAAGGCUUGCUUUGAUUAUGCCAAACAACAUGGAUGGAAAGUCAAGGUGACUUGUCCUUAUUUGAGAGAAAAGUUUUUAGGACAAUAUCGAGAAAAAUACAAAGACAUAUUGUAUGAAGAUUAA